CAAAAUGGCGCACUGUCAAUGACAGCAUGACACCGGGAAUACAUUUUAGAAUAUCGUGGAGAUCGUGACUAUUUAAAGUGUCAUCAAAUGUCCACGACAAAAUGAGACUACUUAUUACAGUAGCGAAACAAGCACAGAGGAAAUCUUUCCACAGCUCUUCAUGUUAUAGGUUUACCUCAGAAGGUUCGACACUGCGAAAAGGGCCCGAGUAUAUAGAGGAGUGCAAGUGGUUGUGUGGAUCUUCCCAAAAUAUUUUGUCUGCAGUGCGGGGACAGGUUGAAGUUAGACAGAAUUUCAUCAGUGAAGAAGAGGAGAACGCCCUUUUUAAAGAAGUAGAAAAAGGACUUAGAAAAAAGCGCUACGAAUUCGACCACUGGGACGAUGCCAUUCAUGGCUACAGAGAAACAGAGCGCUUGCAGUGGGGAGAUGUGUGUGAAAGCAUCUUAAGGCGGGUCCGAGCUGUUGCAUUUCCUGAGGGCAGUCCACUGCUGGGGCCUGUUCAUGUUUUGGACCUGGACAAAUCGGGCUACAUCAAGCCCCAUAUCGACAGUGUGAAGGUCUGCCUCUCAUCCACAUUUAGCUGUUAUUAUGAUUAUUUACAGUAUUGUCGUUCUACAUGUCUUCUCUCAUUUCAGUUCUGUGGCAGCACCAUUGCAGGUCUGAGCCUGUUGUCUGAUAGUGUUAUGCGACUUGUCCAAGAAAAUAAUUCUGCAGAUUGGGUGGACUUGCUUUUAAAUCGUCGUUCGCUUUAUAUAUUGAGGGACGAUGCAAGGUUUAAAUUCACACAUGAAAUCCUGAAAGAUGAAGAGUCUUUAUUCUCAGGACAGAGGAUUCCACGUCAUCGCCGCAUCUCUGUGAUCUGUCGGAAUCUGCCAGUUUGAAACACUUACAGGAAGUAUCGCUGAUAUACUGGACUAAACUUCCCAGUUCCCACCUGUCCUGAAUGGAAACUAGGUGACUUCUAUUGGUGUCAGAUUGUUCAUGUUACCAACUAGGUCUAAAUUGUUUGCCUUACAGAUAUUCUCAGAUUGAAAAAUAUUCAUUAACACCCAUUUAUGAAGGGAUAGUAAUUAUUAUAAACUGUAAAUGUGAAUCAUUAAAAAUGUAAAUCAUUAAUGUGAUUUGAGAGUAAAAAAGUCAAUUGAAGAACAUUAAAUGGGACUGAUUUUGUCUACCAUGCCUAAUAAUAAAUAUAUGCCAUUUUUUCUAUCUA